AUGCCCAAUAACUUGGCCGUUCCCAACACUCCCCGCGGCCAGUCGGGGUCUCUCUCCCCCAGUUCUCCUGAUCAAACAUCCUCAUUCCAGCAUCCCAAUACGUCCGAUACAAACAGUGAGCAAACUGCCAUCCAUGACCGCGAUACCAUACCUGGCGGACCGGCCAGCACCAAGCCCAAAGGGGCCAUCGACAACCUAAUCGAUGACCUAUAUGACUGGCUCGAGGUACUCCCUCGCAUCUGCGAUGGCAACCUCCCGGCAAAGUUUGUCGUCACCCUCCUGCUGCAGAGUUACCUGAAUGACAGGCUGAGGCCGAACAUCACCUGGCUGAUGGCCUCCGCCGACUUGCUGUCCCUGCUGUGCGAGUACUGCCUGUGUGGGCUGCUCCACCGGGGGUUCAGCGACGCGGAAGUCCGUGCCGGGCGUUGUGUCUGUGAGAAGUACAGGAACGUUUGGACUUUCAAGUUCUGCGUCCGAGUUAGGAGGGUGGAAGAAGGGGCGGAUGGACGCUUGCAGUUCAUACGGGGACCGCUGGUUCCUCAGGGGAGUGCUUGA